AUGUGUAAAACAGAAAUUGUUUACAUGGAUGGAACAUUUACAUAUUGCGUAAAGUAUUUUUUGCAGUUGUUUACGAUACAUGGAUACCUAAAUGGCCAUUACGUUCCUUUGUGUUUUUGUGUAUUAAAAGAUAAACACGUGUCCACUUAUUCUGAAUGCUUUAAAAUUAUUUAUGAAAUAUGUUCAUCUUAUGGUUUUGUUUUUGAACCAAAAGAAAUCAUUGUUGAUUUUGAAAAAGCAAUACACAAUGCAUGUGAUUUAAUUUGGCGAAAUGCGAAAUUAAUGGGUUGUAGGUUUCAUGUAACACAAAGUUGGUGGAGAGCAAUCCAAAGAUUUGGUUUAACUGAAGAUUAUAAAAAAAAAACCGAAGUAGGUGAUUGGCUUAGAAUUUGCUUUGGAUUAGUAUUUUUAGACUCUGAAGAUGUUUCUAAUUUUUUUGCAAUAGAAUUAAUGUCUAUAAAGCCCGAAAACUCAAAAUUAACACAAUUUGCCGAUUAUAUUUUAGACACCUACAUUACAGAAGAAGCAUUAUUUCCACCAAAUAUUUGGGCUCAAUGUAGCGCUGAAUUGAAUUUAACUACAAAUGCAUGCGAGUCGUUUCACUCACAUUUAGCUCAGUCCUUUACUAACACACAUCCAAAUAUACAUCACUUUACAAAAGCUCUACUAGAUAUUCAAUCAUUCACUUACAUUAAAUUAAACAGUAUUAAUGAACCUAAUAACCUUAGAAAUUCACAAUCAAAGACACGCCAAAAAUAUUUAAACACCAUCAUUUCGUCAUUUAAGGCAAACAAUAUUACCAUUAUACAAUUCGUCAAAGCUGCAUCUAAACAUUAUUCAACCAAAUUUUAA